UGUCCUUGCUGCAACAAAUUAGAGAAAAGGUUGACAUAGUGUCUCUCCCCGGACUCGAUUCCCUUCCCUUCAAGGCACCCAGUCUCUUACCAAGAGCCAAAGCACACACACACAUCAGCACACACAAAUCACUCCAUCCCCGCCCCUUCUUGCGUCUUGAGGGUGGACCGCCUGGCCCCCCUCGCCGUCGGCCGGCGCGACUCCCUCCUCGACACUGCUGCUGUCUCCCCUGCCUCACCCACUGGCUGCUCCGCCUUCGGGCGGAUGAGCCUCUUGAUCAGGUUGACCUCCCUCGUGUGUUCCAGCUGCUCCUUGCUGCGCUGGAUCUCUUCAGACAAGCGUUUGAUCUCUUCCUUCUCGGCUGCCCGGUCGGCGCGUCUUUGUUCUUUGACGUCUUCUUCGUCUUUGAGGCGCUGUUUCUCGUGUCUCUGCCACGCCCACAGCAUGUCCAACUGAGCAAGGUUUCGUUCCUUCUCGCGUGCAGCGAUGUUCGAUGCCCUGAAGGAAAGGAAUGUGAGACAUGAGUACCGGCUGCAGGCCGACACGUGGCUUGUAGUGGAUUGAGGACACCUCUCACCUCUUGGCCUCGAGUGAGAUCUUCUCGCCUCCCGCCUUCUUGACGGCAGCGCCCUUGGUGCCCUUUUUCUCCGCCUUUGGUGCCGCCGGCAAGGCCUGGUCCUCUUGCAUGGAUGUCUGAUCGGCCAAUUCAGAGACGCAGCCGGUGAGGUGAUGUGAUGUGUACGUGUCUCACUUACCGCCCAUCUGUGUGCGUCUUCUUCGCUGAGUGUGGGGGGCGGGAUAGCCGAGGGCGGGGCUUCAAGGGCAGGAACUGGGGGAGCGGACAACUGCAUGGCCACAGAGAGAGGCCAGAGACACGUGGGUGGGUGCGUGAAUGUGGGUGUGCCUGCAUACAUACCUGCAUCUGUGACUUCUUCUUAAUGACGGCAUCGUGCUGCAUCUGCUCCUGCCGGAUGCGCUUCUCACUCCCGAUCCGCCUGUGGUAGGCAUCAGCCCUGACACACGACACACACAAGGGGGAGCGACAGGGAGAGGGAGCCAUGCACACAAGCCCAUGCAUCACAGAUCAAUGCAGCCACGUAGGUACCUACCUGUCUUUGAUGGCCUUUUCCCUCAGUUUGAUGUUCUCCUCCCUCCGUCUGUCCAGCUCUGUUUGUGCCCUCUCCUCAUCCCUUCUCGCCGCCGCCCUCUCGCUCUCCCGGGCCUUCUGCCGCCGCACCGCCAGCUGCUGUCUCUCCUGCUCCCGGCGUCUCUCGUUUCUGUGCCGCUCGAGCAUUGCACGCAUCGGCUCUUUCUGCUGCUCUGUCCUCCUCGCCUCUAUCUCCGCCACCUAUGGACGUACACACGUGGCUGUGGACGGAUGGGUGUGUUGCAGAGAGGGCACCUUGACGAGUCGUGCUGCGUCACGCUCCUUACGGAGGCUGGCCUGGGCGUCCCUUUCUCUGAGUGAGGAAUGAGGACAUUGCCAAGUAGUGGCAUGCAGAAUCAGCCACUGGUCGGCCGACCUGAUUUGUCUUUCGACAUCCUGCCUCAUGUGGUCUCUCUCCCUCGCCAGCAGCUCCCCCUGCCUCCUCUCCUUGGCAGCCGUCUCCUCUUUCUUGGAGGCCAGGCGAGACAUGGACGUCUUGUGGGAACGCUGCAGCCAUCCAUCCAUCCGUCCAUUCAUCCGUGUGUGGUGUAUGGCUUGAAAAAGAUGAUGUCUGAAAGAUGGGUUGUUCCUUCACCUGCUGCUUUUCGUCAAGCCGUCUGUUGCGGCGCGCUUCGACCUGCUCCAGAUGCUGCAAAGAGACAAGGGAGGGGACCCUCGUGUCUGUGGAUUCUCCGCCCUCUCUCAUCAGUCGCUCACUUGUCUGAUAGCUUUUCUCUCCUCGUAGGAAAUGUCGGCUGAUGGCACCUUGUGCGUGGAGAACAGGGGCAAGGCGGGGGCAGGCGAAGUCGGCUGAGGGCCCACACUCAGCUGCAUUGCAUUGCAUCCAUGGCAUUCAUUCCAUUCAGUCAAGUAAUAAUGAGAGAGGCACACAACACAUAGGACUCUGUACGUGAGCAUACCACUUUGUCCUUGUGAGCGGGGUCAUUGGCUAGCACGAGCCUCUCCACCACCCAGCGGUACCUGGCCUCCUCCCUCUCCAACUCGCCCUUGUCGCGGGCAGACUGGCCAGAACCUGGGGACACACAGACACACACACACGUGGACGCACACACAUACACAUACAUGGGAUUCGGGCACUUACCUGUAGUCUUGUUUGCCUGUUGUUGUCUUUUGCGUGGUGUGUUGGGGGAAGAGGAGCCUGAGGGUGCUGGGCGCAGAGGGCCCGGUGGAAACAGUUCCUCAAAGGCCUUUGUGUGUCGCCAGACAAGAGAGCAGCCAGCAAAUGGAUGAUGGAUGGAGGGGUGCAGCAGCUCAGUGACGUCCACCCACCUGUGAACUGAAUUCCAGUUUGUAGCACUCCUCGGGGAUCUCGAGGUUGCCCGCCACGAACGUGACGCUCUGUACCGAUGACCCAUCCACUGACACCGCCCUGCAGACAUCCCACAUACGCCGCUGUAGCCUGCAUUCUUGACGCAUGGAUGAGGGCUUUAUCUCACUUGUGGACAUUGAUAACGAAGGGUCCUUCGGGCAGUGUCUUAUCCUCCUGAUGGACGAGAGUUGACACGGGGUUGUUGACGGAACGCGCAGAGGAGAAAGACGACAUUUUUCG